CAGCCCCGCGGGCGGCGGCGGGCGAGCGGGCGCAAGAGCAGGAGCCGGAGAGCGGCGCGGCUGGGAGGGAAGCCGGGGCGAGGCGAGGAGGUGGCAGGAGGAGGAGACAGCCGGGACAGGUGUCAGAUAAAAGAGGACUCUCCUCCUCUGCCGAGGCAUCAUGGCCGCUAAGUCAGACGGGAGGCUGAAAAUGAAGAAGAGCAGCGACGUGGCGUUCACCCCGCUGCAGAACUCGGACAAUUCGGGCUCGGUGCAAGGACUGGCUCCUGGCUUGCCGUCGGGGCCCGGAGCCGAGGACCCGGAGGCUGCUGGGGCCGGCUGCUGCCCGGACGGCGGCGGCUGCUCGCGCUGCUGCUGCUGCUGCUCGGGGAGCGGUGGCUCGGCGGGCUCCGGUGGCUCGGGCGGCGGCGGCCCAGGCGGUGGGGCAGGCUCGGCGGCUCUGUGCCUGCGCCUGGGAAGGGAGCAGCGGCGCUACUCGCUGUGGGACUGCCUCUGGAUCCUGGCCGCCGUGGCUGUGUACUUCGCGGACGUGGGAACGGACAUCUGGCUCGCCGUGGACUACUACCUGCGCGGCCAGCGCUGGUGGUUUGGGCUCACGCUCUUCUUCGUGGUGCUGGGCUCGCUCUCUGUGCAAGUGUUCAGCUUUCGCUGGUUUGUGCACGACUUCAGCACCGAGGACAGCGCCACGACCAUGGCCUCCAGCUGCCAGCAGCCUGGACCGGAUUGCAAGACUGUGGUCAGCGGAGGGUCUGCAGCCGGGGAAGGCGAGGCUCGCCCUUCUACGCCGCAGAGGCAAGCAUCCAACGCCAGCAAGAGCAACAUCGCCGCCACCAACAGCGGCAGCAACAGCAACGAGGCCACCCGGACCAGCGGCAAACCCAGGUCUGCGUCCUGCUCCUUCUGCAUCUGGCUCCUGCAGUCACUCAUCCACAUUUUGCAGCUCGGGCAAAUCUGGAGAUAUUUGCACACAAUAUACUUAGGUAUUCGGAGCCGGCAGAGUGGGGAGAGUGGCAGGUGGCGGUUUUACUGGAGGAUGGUGUAUGAGUAUGCAGAUGUGAGUAUGCUGCACUUGCUAGCCACCUUUCUGGAGAGUGCUCCACAGCUGGUUCUGCAGCUCUGCAUCAUCGUACAGACUCACAGCUUGCAGGCCCUCCAAGGUUUCACAGCAGCAGCCUCCCUUGUGUCCUUGGCGUGGGCCCUAGCCUCCUACCAGAAGGCUCUUCGGGACUCCCGAGAUGACAAAAAGCCUAUCAGCUACAUGGCCGUCAUCAUCCAGUUCUGUUGGCACUUCUUCACCAUCGCUGCCAGAGUCAUCACGUUCGCCCUCUUUGCUUCAGUUUUCCAGCUGUAUUUUGGGAUAUUCAUUGUCCUCCACUGGUGCAUCAUGACCUUCUGGAUUGUCCACUGUGAGACAGAAUUCUGUAUCACCAAAUGGGAAGAGAUUGUAUUCGACAUGGUGGUGGGAAUCAUCUACAUCUUCAGCUGGUUCAAUGUCAAGGAAGGCAGGACACGCUGCAGGCUGUUCAUUUACUAUUUUGUAAUCCUUUUGGAAAACACAGCUUUGAGUGCACUCUGGUACCUCUACAAAGCUCCCCAGAUUGCGGAUGCAUUUGCCAUCCCAGCACUGUGCGUGGUUUUCAGCAGCUUUUUAACAGGCGUUGUUUUUAUGCUGAUGUACUAUGCCUUCUUCCAUCCCAAUGGGCCCAGAUUUGGGCAGUCACCAAGUUGUGCUUGUGAUGACCCUGCUACUGCCUUCUCUCUGCCUCCAGAAGUGGCCACAAGUACACUACGGUCUAUCUCCAACAACCGCAGUGUUGCCAGUGACCGUGAUCAGAAAUUUGCAGAGAGGGAUGGAUGUGUCCCUGUCUUUCAGGUGAGACCAACUGCACCACCCACCCCAUCAUCUCGACCACCACGGAUUGAAGAAUCGGUCAUUAAAAUUGACCUGUUCAGGAAUAGAUAUCCAGCGUGGGAGAGACAUGUGUUGGACCGAAGCCUGAGAAAGGCCAUAUUAGCCUUUGAAUGUUCCCCAUCUCCUCCAAGGCUGCAGUACAAAGACGAUGCCCUUAUUCAGGAGAGGCUGGAGUACGAAACCACUUUAUAAAACAGAAGAAGCCACAAUGUCCAUAUGAAGAGAUGACAGCAGGGCUGUGGCAAUAAUGACACUUAAUAUAAGAGUAGGGCAAUGAGCUAUAUGUUCUUAGUCCCAACAUUGUCAUGGUAUGGUUUGAUCUUCCAUUAGCUGACCGCCUGCUGCUGGUGUCUAUUCAAGCCAGCAGUGCUGAGAGUCUCUUACUCCACCUAAAGGGGCAAUGCCAGCUUAGUAUGACUGUUGUUACCAAACUCCUCCAGCCCAGGCUUGGAGCACAUUCACCGGAGGGUACCAUUAUUAUAAAAAAAAAAAAUUGUUGCCUCUAAUCAUUAAGGUAUUUUGAUGGAGUUUACUGAUUUUUGCAUAAAUACGUUCAUACACACACACACACACACACCACCACCACCACCACCACCACCACCACCACCACCACCACCACCUCCACCCCUCUAUCUAAAGAGUUGAGGUGGGCCUAGAAAGACAACCCAGUAGUUAAGAGCACUAACUGCUCUUCCAAAGGCCCAGGUUUGAUUCUCAGCACCCACUUGGUAGCUCACAACUACCUGCAACUCCAGGACCAGGUGAUCCAAUGCCCAUUUCUGGCCUCCUCAGUCACUGCACACACAUGGUGCACAGACAUGUAUGCAGGCAAAACACCCAUACACAUAAAACAAAAAUGAAUCUCAAAAAAGAGCUUAGGUGAUUUCCUUGAUGCAAAACUCAAAACAGACUCCAGAAAGAAAGCAAUAGUGCUUAGGAAAAUUUCAUAACCCAUUUUCUCAUUUGGAAACCAGUAGUAUAUGUGGUGAAGCCUGUGCAGUGGAUAGCAAAUAGACAGCAAAUUCAAGUGUUUACAUGUGUACUAGCAUUGACUGAACGAUUCUUUUUCUAUACAUUUCAGGAUUUGUUUUUUACUUUAGGUUUUGCAGUUGAGAAUAUCCUUUAUGACAGAAAUCCUAUGCAGCACAUGUAUGGCUUUGGAUGAGACCAAGGAGCUCAAUAUCCGUGAUGUAAAUUAAAUGAUAAUCAUGAUUCAGUAUUCAAUUGCAAAAAUACAAUUUAUAUGCAAAGAGCAGUUGGGGGAGGGACAAAAUGAGAGUCAGCUUCUAAGGUGUGUGUGGUUCAUAUUGGAAUGCACCCACAGAGCCACAGGAGAGGGAGAGGCUGUUUCCAGGUGCAGAAUGAGCAUAGUGAGCAGGUGUGAUUCUGGAAACCAUAUGCCACAUCUUUCUAGUGCCAAACUUUGUCCAAUCACAGAACUGAUAUGGAAUCCCCGAAAGCAGAGAAUAAGUGGUAUCCCAAAGCAGACAAGAGAAGAAUGAUCAGGUUGUCCGCUGUGUACAGACUUACCUUCUGCCAUCCAAGGUCAAAGUGAUGUGUCUCCUAGAGACUUUGGGACACCUUUUAACAAGAGGGAGCAUACAGAUGCAAUGUGUAUGCUCUAAGGAAACUGCCUGGACUGCUUGAGGGCUUACCACUCCAUCAGCUAAGAUUUGUAUUCAAAUCAUCUGUAAAGUCGCUCUCUUUCAACAAGCUUCUGAGUUUAAAUACCUCCGUACAGCAAGUAAACAUUCCCGCUUUCUGUUCUCAGUGUCCUUGGUCAUGGUGCUUUUUGUUGCAUUAAAAGUGCCGGUCAAACUUUGAUAGUAUUUUUUUAUAGUUGGUGCAGAGUGGAAUAACUCAUGGAUUAUUUCAAUAUUUUUGUAAUAAAAAUAUAGGGUGUACAUAUAGGCAUUGUUGCUUUUUUUUAUAGACUUGGAAUUGUUUAAAAUACAUUAAAUGUCAUAUUCACUUGGGAUAUCAGAAUCCAGUCUACAAAUCCAUCAGCCUGCCUCAGCAGAUUGAAAACACUUGUCCCUGGAGAGAUUACCUUACUUUUUGCCAUUUGGCGGCCCAGCAACCUGACCAGGGUGCUAUGAGAGCAUCAAGUAAAGAGGGAAGUGGCCUAGCUAGAAAGGGCUUGUGAAGACUGAUCAGUGUCUCCCAGGAAAUCCAAGAUGUGAGUGAUUUCUUUCAUCUAUCCAUUAGAACAACCUGACCACAGUGGAAGAUGUCUUAAACUUCCUUCCCUGGUUUUAUACUAACCCAGCUGAUAUAUUAAAGAUCAGUCAAGUCACAAAAAAAGAGAAGGAAGAAAGUCAGUUUCAUUUAAAUAUUCACUCAAAAUAGUCAAGUUCUAGAGCCACCACCCAUAAUGGAUGCGUCAUCCAAAGACUGUGGUCCCCAAAGUGACAUCCACAGGAGGGGACAGAGGGCUCAACCUAGGACUUCUUUUGGUACAAAGCCCCAAAGCAAUUUUUUAAGACAGACGAUUUUUAUCAGACAUAUUUCCUAAUACUCAAUGAUUUGAUCUUUCAAGCAAGAUUUCCACUACAAUACACUAAUCUUCUGUUGGAAUGAAGAAAUACUACCUUGCUACCAGUAAAGCUUCAGGAAGACACGGCUUCUCAGCAAAUGGUGAACACAUCCCAUUCCAGUAUAGAAGGAAAUCACAACAAUUUGGACAGAUACUUUGCUGGUGUGCAGAACCAUGAGCUAUUAACUUCAUUAGUUCUAAGACAACUUUUAACUGAUGAGCUUUGGAGACUGACUUUCCCAGGUGGUCUGCAGCUCUGAUUCUGUGAGUGAAUAACAGUUAACCUCGUAAUAGUGUCCAAUCAAACAAGCCAAAAGGAGCAUCCACUCUUUGAUCACAAACACCUUGGAACCUGUCAAGUUUUACUGGAGAUGAAUUGCAGUUUAUUAAUCCAACAGACACUUUAAUCUUGCAAAUUCUUGACUUGUAAUAUUGUAAUCAAGCUACUGGAAGAGAACAUGAAUCAGUUAAUGGAAAAGGAGCACUUGGUUCAGUACUGUGCCCUGAUGUGUCCAAGCUUGAAGAGACAGGCCUCUGAGAAGUAGAGCUAAGGAAAUUGUUCUACCUGGUCCCUCAACAUGAAUGCCAUCAGUGUUCAUGGUAUCCAUCCUCUUUCUUUAUCUUUUCUAGUAAGAACUGCUUUUAGAACAUUAGCCAAUGAAUUCCUGGGGGCUUGUAUAGCUCAGAGAAAUGGGUAUGGGUCAAAGGGACUUGCUUCAAGUGGAUUGAAACCCACUUGUUUGGAAAUGAAAAGAGUCUGUCAUCUUUUAAUAACUGAUCUAUCUUGAAUACCAUCACUGCUUUUAAUUUAUCCCAUUGUCAGCAUGAUAAUAGCCAAUGUGUAAAACUUCCAUUGAUAAUUCAGUUUCAAGGGUGUAGUUAUAGAGUGAUUUGAUGCCUGCUUUCCUAAGUGGUAACACUACCAGUCUCAAACCAAUAUCCAUUUCAACAAGGAACCAACUAGCCUAUGGCUUCUCAGAUCACAUCAAAUCUUGGUUAUGACCUUAAAGAUGACCAACUAAAUGGCCUUAAUGCCUACAUUUUCAUUUAUAAGAAAACAGGUGGACUGAGAAAUUACAACCAUGAUUCCUUCCCUUUCUUUUUUUCAAAUAAAGGUGAAAAUUAAGUUGUCAGAGUUCAGAUAUAGUUAUAGAGUAUUCAAGAGUCUGAUGUGCGUGUGGCCUUGUUAAACUUUCUAUCUACUCUUUUGGCAUCCAUUUUAGAAGUUAGAUCUAAAUAAAAGGGUGAAAGUCAUCAAGUAUAUCCAAUAAGCACUCUGGAAAAAGAUGGAGAAGGAGGAGGAGGAGAACAAGAAGAAGAAGGAGGAGGAGAAGGAGAAGGAGGAGAACAAGAAGAAGGAGGAGGAGGAGGAGGAGGAGGAGGAGAAGGAGAAGGAGAAGGAGAAGGAGAAAUUGCUGUGUCUCCACACAAGCAUCUCAGUGACUCUAUCAGGAUGUUCCCAGAGCUUCUGAGUACACUCCUGGGAAUCCAUGCUGGUACCCACGCAAGUCUUUUUCUAGAACGAUCUCUGGGUGUAACCACUAAAACUGAAUGACAGUCAGAAAGGUAUUCUCCUACCCUGUGACUUACCCUCACCUGUCAGACAACCAGAACUAACAAGCUGAAAAAUCCUCAUUUCCUGAACCUACACCCCCCUGUGUAAUGUACAAUGAGUUGGUUAACUGUAGGGACACAGGAACAAUAACAGUCCUCUCUAACAAGGCUCGGGAGUAAGUGUGACCAUAAGAGUGUUGAGUACCAGGACAGAAGAUUUCUACCAAUGUAGAAGCCCAAGAAAACCUGUCCAUCACUUGUCAGGAACACUUCUCUUUUUACAAGGUAGGCACAUGAACUAAUCUCUGCCAUUCUGUAACUAUGGCAAUGCCCAUGUCCCCUUAUGAAAGGACAAGAACUGGCUAAUGUGGAGAGGUGGAGGUAAUGCAGGAAGCGUCAUGCCAAGACUGGCUCUUUCUAAGGAAACCUGCCCUCUGAUGGUUCUCCUUGAUUAGUGCUCUUGUAAUGCUCUGUACAUCAAGAGCUUCAGGUGGAUUAUAAAUCACUCUGACUUAUUAAACAUAAACUAUCUAAUUAUCUCUCUUUUAAUAACAAUGAGAUUCAGGGUUACCAUGGCCUUACUCAUCAUCCCAUUGUAAAUAUAUCAACCACAACAGGUCUGUGUUCAAACACACUCAACCCAGUUUAACUAGUAUCAUCUUUUUUGCAACACAGUUUGGAUCUUGAGUCUAUCAGUCAGUCACCUUCUCCAUGUACCUAUUCAGAGACUCAUAAGUCCUGUGCAAGUGAUUUUCCAGAACAAUAGAAGAAAAUAAAAGGAUGGUCAUGCAAUUUUCCCACCAAUACAAAAAACAUUAGACUGUUGAUCACCUCAAAGUUCUGACUUUUCCUCAUGACUGAGUUUCUUUUUAUUUGCUGGCUUUCAACAUUUGAAUUUUCCAGAUGACUGCUGAACAAAUUUCACCAAACCAAAGUAGACAUUGCAGCAUUAUUAAAAAGUAGAGACUGUCCACAUGAAUGCAAAUAUCCCAUGAAAAAUCAAGAAGUUGGUCACUUAAGCAGCACACAUCUGGAAACUCUCUGCAAGAGUCCAGGUGUUUGGAGUAUACAGUUUUCCAUCCUGUUGUCUGGUGUAUAGAUAGAUAAAUUGCUCAGGUGCUGCAGGUGGAACUUAACUUUCUUGUGCAGUAAUCUUUUGUUGGUGACAUUCUGCUGCUAACAUUCUCUUUGUUGUACAAAGAGAAAUAAAUCAUGCAGAGCAACUUUGGUCUAUUUUUAUUUACUUUCUGAAAAUGCAUGACUGGAAGAGGUUGGUUGGCUGUGUCUCGGGUAUUCUAAACAUAACUGCAUGGGCAGCACCUUAAAGUGGCAGUUCUUAGAGGCCUUUCUAUAGGAAAGGAAACUUCUUCUUUUAGCCUCUUCUAUGUUUCAUAAUUUUAUUAUUGUUAUUCUACUAUUUGUAAAUGGUUUAAGGGAAAUACAAAAUCUUCCACUUUUUAUUGUUCAGAUAGAACUUUUCAUUUUAAGUGUCCCUUAUAAUAUCUUAAAGCUAAAAUUAUAUAAAUUGUUUCAUACAAUUACUUCAAGGUGAAAUUAAUGGCUGCAAUUGGAGGAAAAAGGCUAUUUCCCCAAAUCAAAUUACCUAACAUUAGGAUUUGGUUUGCUAACAUCAUUCCAGUUAACAAGUGCUUGCUGGUUACUGUGAAUAUUGUAACAUAUUUCCCCAGUUAAUCCCUGCCACUUUUCUCCAUGAGGGGAAAAAAGAAAUGUUGAUCAUGAUGGAAAUUUACCUUCCAAAAGGAGAGCUGAUGUUCACACUGACCCAGAUUUGUUUUGUCCUGGUAACCUUGGGAAGUUGGACUUGCUCCUUCUGAUCUGCUGGGUGGUGAAGAUAUAGAUGUCCUCAAGUUGAGUGUUUUUGCCUUAUUGACUGAUCUGAAGUUUGGCAGAAAAACACAUAAGCCGUCCAACCUAUUUCCUUUUAAGAGCACUUUAGUGGCAUAACUUGCUCUGAGGCACUUAUUGUAGGUGAACAAAGACCUUGGAGAGGCAUUCAGCUAUGUAAACAUCUUGAGGCAUUUCCAAAGACAGUGCAAACAUUCCCAAGUACCUAGGUAGUAUCUUGAUUGUGUAAAAUUCUACAUUCAGAGCCAAUAAUAACACCAUGAGGCAGAUGAUGAAAUUCCUCUUGAGUUUCUCCUUUCCUGGAUGUAGUUUCCCUGAACACCUAAACCUCACCACCAAGCAAUGUUUGUCCACCCCCAUGCUAACUAAUUUGGACCCUACCCUGAACACAGCUGUGGCCACAGCCCAGGUGCUCAUGACCCUCUAAACACUGACGACAAGUGCACUGAAAGUUUUGGCUUUUCCUUUUUCCUUGGGAUUUUAAAUCAUCAAUCUCUGCACCUGUGUGUUACUGAGGGAAUGUUUGGCUAUUAUUACAAGACGGUGACAAUGGAUUGGCAGUCACACACACAAAAAAAGCUGCUUCUUUUAUGGUCUUUGAUUAUUAGGUGAUUGAUGUGAAAUGUACAGAUUAAUAGAAAAGCAGAAAUCCCUGUGUUGAAUAUUAUGGCUGUUUUAAACAUGUUUAAAGAUAUUAUAUGAAACAAUAUUUUUUGAGACAGGGUUUCUCUGUGUAGUUUUGGUGCCUGUCCUGGAUCUCGCUCUGUAGACCAGGCUGGCCUCAGAACUCACAGAAAUCUGCCUGGCUCUGCCUCCCAAGUGCUAGGAUUAAAGGUGUGUGCCACCAUGGCCUGGCCAAAACAAUAUUCUUUUGCACUAUGGAAUAUAGUCCCUUCUGGGUACAGUGGCAUGAAGGCAUGUGGUCCAGUGACAUAGGUAAAUAAACUAGCAAUCUGUACACAUCUGGGUCCUGAUCCCUCCUCUAUCUCUUUACCUCAAAACUUAUUUUGGCCUCAUUGACCCCAUAUAAAAGAGUGAAUAUAUUUGUUUACCUACCUCAUAGGGUGUUGUAAAGAAUGUGAGAGCUGGUAAAGCACUUGAGUUAGAGAGCACCAUGCCUCUUGUUAAGUAGCAGGAACAUGGAGAACUGUGCGCAUCACAGGGCUAAGGAGGGUGGGUGCCUCAGUUGUCUGAGAAGCAGCAGCCAUUCUAGCUAGUAUAGGAAAAACUUCUCCCUUAAAGGUCUAGGUAGAAAUUUUAAGCUUUUAAUGAGAAAAGUAACCCCUCGUAUAGUCAUGGAGUAUCUCCAUAUAGAUGGACCACUUUCUUCUUAAUCAAACUGAAUUGUUCUACAUGUUUAUAAAUACAUCUAGAAAAUCUGGCCCCUUCUGAUCCCUGAGGAGUUUGCAUGACUGCCCCCAUUUUCCAGAAUCAUGUACAGUCUCUAAUUCAGUACCGGUGAUGCCAACUGACAUUCUGGAAACCACUUCUGGAUGAUGAUAUUAUUAAGAUUGGAGUUGGAAUGAUUUAACUGGGUUCACAUUUCAUUUCUAACACAACACCUCUGCAACAGAAAAAAUGUGAAGCCUUCUUUCUGCUCAGAACUCUCAAGGAAAUUUGUCUUCACAUUAGAAAUGUAUUUCAAAUAUUUCAGAGAACUGCCUGUACAAUGGCUUCAGCAACAUAUCAAAGUGUGUGGACUUGCAUAAAUGCAAUAUACAGAGUGAGUUCCACAAAAGGUUAAAAAAGGCAGGAAGAUGGUAGGCAAAACAGCUUCAGUGAAAAUCCUGUACAACUCUGCCAAAGCAAUGUGCGGUCCCUUGCUUAAAUGAUUAAACUUAAGGAGAAGUAAAUGCAAAUAAUAUGAUUUGGAGUUACAAACUUUUGUAAUUUUUGAGUCAUAGGGGCAAUAUGAAGAAUAGGAGUAAUAUUUUAAUGAUGCGCUUCCAUUUAGUACCUAUGUUUAACAAUUGUAUUCAUUUACAAAAUAAUUUUUAUAGUCUUAAAAACUGAAAUGGUUUCCAAAUUUUCCCUUGAGAAGUAAAUUUAAAAUCGCAUUGUGCUUGAAUUACAUACCAUAUUGACAUCUGAUAUAAUCUCUUCUGGACUCUAAAAUUUAUUUCCCAAUGGACUUAAUCAAAGAUUUAAAUUUUCAAAUUGGUUAAACAUUACUAAUGCAUGGCAUUAGGCUUUCUGAAGCAUGACUAUACCAUAAAAAAUUGUGUGAUACCUUAAAAAUUUCUGCACUGCCAGAAUAGACUGUUACCACAGACUGGUCAUAUAAAUACAAUGCAUGAGAUAAAGGUAAUUUGGAUAUUUCUCAACUUCUAUCCCCUUCUGAUAUCAAUAUUUUUCUACCCAAAAUGCAAAAGUAUACCCUUUUUAUCAUGAAAAUGAACAUCUGUUUUUAUUCCGUUUUAUACAGAAAACUGAAGUUGACUAUUGGGUCAAGUUUCAGAUACAUUUGCUAGGAUUAGCAAGAGGCGGGGGAGAUAACAUGCUAUGGAGAGGUUUUAUCACAAAGUGCAAAACAGAAUCUAAGCAUGUCAGCGCUGGACAGCUCCUUGAAGUACUGGCUCAGAGUUUUCACCAGCCAGGAAAAGCACAAGUGCCAGCAAUGCAGCCUUCAGCACAGAUGGGCUAUAGGCCCAUCGUUUGGUAAGCAUCACAUUUCUGAUUAGUUGUAAAUACAACUGCCAAGUUUGAUGGCUACAUCUGGCUAACAUUCUUUUCAACAAACAAAUGAUAAACGUGGACACACAGAGAUAAAUUCUCUACUGCUUCAAAGAAAUAUCUCCCAGAUUAUUUAUGACAACUAUAUCACUAAUAUAUUACUGUCACAAAACUUUUUUCAUAAACACUUUGGUCAAUUGUUUAUUUAAGCCUUUCUCUGAUCAAUGAGGGACAAUGGAGAAGAACAUGGUUGACUUUGAUAGGAAUCUUGCUUCUGUUUUAAAAAGGAAGGAAGGAAGGAAGGAAGGAAGGGAGGGAGGGAGGGAGGGAGGGAGGGAGGAAGGAAGGAAGGAAGGAAGGAAAGAAAGAAAGAUAGAUAAAAGAAAAAAUUCCUGCUUUUCUUCUCAGUAGCCAGAUAGCUCAGUAGCCUCAAACAGACACAGUGAUGGAUGUGAAGAUGACUUCCUGUUCUUAGAAGAAAGAGAGUCAAUAGGAAACCAGGUCCUCUUGGAAGCCAAGAGGAUUUAGAGCUUGGAUUUAGAGCUAAUGUGAGAGAAUACUAGCCCUUCUUUUGGUUACCACUCUCCCUCAUUCUCUAAAGUUAGGAUUGGAAUUUACAGUGAUGAUAAAUAAUGCUAUUUUGUAUAAUGGCUUCAAUAUACAUACUGUGAAAUAAUUAGUUACAAAUGGGAACACUGGGAAGCAGGCUUCCUCUGUGUUUGCUUCUAAGCAAGUGCUAGGGAAGGCACUGGUCAUGCUGACACUCUGGCUGAGCCGAUGGAGUCCAAGAGGACAGUUGCAGUGCCGUGCAUGAAGCCAUUGCACAAAGCGAACCUGCUUCCAAACGACAAGGCCUUGGGGUCCUGACUUCGGUUCUUCAUUCUCUCAUUAUUUUGUUGUGUAAGUUUCACAUUUAACUACCUCAGCUACUGUUGUUUGAUUUAGAAACACAUACCAUUCACUUCACAAUUAAUAAAUUAUUUCAUUGAAAAUUUCGAAAUGUUAUUUGGUGUGAAACAAUUUUCAGAAAUUGUAAAAUGCAUAAGCAACUCAACUUCCAUCAGUUCUAUUUUAUUUGGUUUGUUUCUGAGCAUAGUUUGGGUUUUAAAAAAAAAAAAAACACUUCACUUCUACCCAACAUAAAGGGAGGUUGUAUAUAUUUGCUUAAUUUGCCUUAAAUAUCUUGUGCUUUUUUCCCCCCUCUGUCCAAUUUUUGUUUUUUAAAUUUAUCGCUGGAAAAAAAAAAAGCAAUGGUGGUAGAUGAAGAACAACUGAAAAGAACGGGCCACUGGGUUGUCAGCCCCCAGCCUCAGCUUACAUGGUAUUCUGAUGCAGUCGCCAUUUUUGUGUUUUCCUCUCCACUUCAGAAAUAAGGUGUGUGCAGGCAACGUGAAGACAUUUCCCCCGACAGCACGGUGCCUGGCCUCGGAUGCAAACCUGCCGGUCCUGUGCUCUUACUUUGUAAACAUUGUACAAAUGUAUUUGGAAUUUUAUUUGGAAAAAAGAAUUAAAUGAGUUAUUAAAUUCUUUCCUGUAAAUAUAUAUAUAAAGAUAUACAUAUUCCAAUCCCGCAUAUCCAGACAUUCCUUUAGCAUUCAGAUUGUAAGUGUGUCUUUCUUGACAGGAGCUGCUGUCCUGGGCAGUGACUCCAAGUGCUCUAUCUCAAAGCACAGUGUGUGGAGUAUUUGAUAUACUGCAGUACCAUAGUUAUUUUGGUCAGUUGAGUAAGUUGAAAUUUGUGAUGAAAUGAAGUGGAAAGUAGUACUUCAUAAUGAAUAAAUUUCCUGGGUUAUCUGAUUUUUUUCUUGUAAAACUUUAAAAAAAGAAAACUUGAAAUUUUAUAUAUUUGGAUUUUGUAGAGUUUUUUUUAUUUUAUUGCAACACAAGGUACCAAAAUCAUUAAAUAAAGUACACUGUGGUCAUUUUAA